AUGGCUGUUAUUAUAGGAAAUAUGGAAAAUUGGAAUAAGAAACUUAUUGAAGCUGCUGAAAAGGGAAGAGUAGAAGAAUUGAGGCUUUGCCUAGCGAACGGAGCUAACAUUGAUUCUCAAAAGGAUGAUGGAUUGACAGCAUUAAUGGUGGCUGCCAGGGUAGGACAUGUGGAAGUAUGUCAACUUCUCCUGGAGAACAGAUGUAACAAAGAUAUCACAGAUGAUAGAGGAUGGACAGCAUUAAUGAUGGCUGCCAGUAAAGGACAUGUGGAACAUAGCACUGGAUGGACAGCAUUAAUGUUGGCUGCCAUAUGGGGACAUGUGGAAGUGUGUCAACUUCUCCUGGAGAACAGAUGUAACAAAGAUAUCACAUCAAGUGAUGGACAAACCGCUUUACAUCUGGCUGCUAAGUGGGGACGUCUACAGACCACAAGAUAUCUCGUAGAACAAGCUAGUAUCAGUCCCUUGGUCAAAACACAUCAGGGUAAGACUCCAUACGAUCUAGCAACAGAAAAUAAAUAUGGGCAGAAUAAAGAAGUGAUGGAAUACUUACAGACUGCUGUACUAAGGAUGAAAGAUAAUAAAGUUCCAACUGAAAUAGAAUUAAUGGCUGACAAAAGAUCUGUUCCUUUGUACCUCAAAUUACUCGAGUCAGGAUCUGAGAAAAAAAGAGACAUACGUUUAGUAAUAGUUGGGAAGAAAGGUGCGGGUAAGACUUCAUUGGUUAACAGGUUAUUCAAAGAAGGAAAAAAAACUGGUGGACCCUCAUCAUUUUUAAAAAGAUUGUUUGGAAGAAAUAAUGCAGAUGUUACAAGCACAAAUGGAAUAGAAAUUCAUGUGAUAAAAUGUAAAGCAAAAUUUGGUGAUAGCAUUUGGAAUAAAUUAGAAGGUAACUAUAAAGCAACUGAACUUAAUGCAAGAUUAUUAAAACCAUAUGAAGAAACACUAACCAAUAAGCAUAGCUUAGCCAGCAUUGAAAAAGCAGCCCACAAUACCUUUAACGACAACACUUCACCGACAGGUUUUGAAGAAUCAAAGGUACCUUUAUCAACUUCUCAGCCUUCAAAACUAAAACAUCCAGUAGACACUGAAUGUAAAGAACAAACACAAGUAGACUCUCAAAUUGAACGCCUAGUAGCCACUGCCUGUACAGAAGACACUCAAGUUAAACAUUCAGACAGAGCUCAGGAAACGGUUAAAGACAAUACCUGCAUAACCAUUUUGUACAGACGUGUUGAUGAAUCAAAUGAUUCAACAUUUUUUUCUCAGCAGCAUGAAAAAAUGAAACCUCCAGUAGUCACUCAAGUUGAACCUCCGGUAACCACUAAAUCUAAAAUAACCAACACUGACCAUCGACAGGAGCAAAACCUACUAUUAUCAAAAGCAUAUAAGGAUAUCAAAGCCAUGAUGGACAAAUCUAAAGUUGAUUUACAUGACAAAGAGGAGUAUGUCAACUUUUUAUUAUGGGAUUUUGCUGGUGAUGAAGAAUUUUACCACACACAUCAAACAUUUUUGUCCCAAGAUGCAAUUUAUCUUGUUGUAACAAAACUGAAUGAGGCUAAUGACAAAAAUGCACAGGACAUGUUUCAGUUGUGGAUGAAUUCAAUACAUUGCUACUGUAGGCUUGAUGAUCAGCAAAAUAAACCUGAACGUGUAACUCCUACAAUGGAUGACAGUAUGGAGAAAGAGGAGACAAAUAUGUGUGAUCCACCAGUAAUUCUUGUUGGUUCACAUAAAGACAAAGUCAGAAAUUCAAAGGGAGAAACGAUAGAGAUUGAAUGCAAGAAGCAGAUUGAAAGCUUCGUGAAAGGUGUUUCAGAUGAUGCCUGUGGACAUAUACGAUCUGAAUACUUCAUUUCAAAUACAAAAGAUGAUGAUUGUGAAUUCAAGAAAAUAAAACAGGACAUAUUAAACUUAGCCAGAGGAAUGAAAUCAUGGAAUAAAACUUACCCAUUGAAAUUUACACAACUGGAAAAAAGUCUUCAAGAGAAGAUGACAGUGUUACAAAUUCCAAUUAUAACUUUUAAUGAAUUGAUGAGUAUCUCUCUUGAAACACCAAUGCCAAUGAAUGAUGAGGAACUUGUGUUGUUUUUGAAAUUUCAACAUGAAUUAAGAGCUAUAGUUUAUUUUGAGGAUCUUCCUGAUUUUAUCAUUUUAGAUACACAGUGGUUGUCCGACGCCUUUAAAUGCAUAGUAACAGCAGAGAAAUUUCAAUUUGAUGUAAGCAGACAUAAAAUGAAGGACAAACUGGAGGAUUUAAAUGUUAGAGGAAUAUUACACACUGAGGUUUUAGACGAUAUAUUUAAAGAUAAAAGAAAUGUUUUGUAUAAACAUGAGAAACAUAAAGAUGAUAUCCUUAAUAUUAUGGAGAAGUUUGAUAUCAUUAUACCUGCAACCGGAGAAAGUGCUGAUGAAAAACCUUGCUUCUAUGUUCCUUGCAUGGUCAAAUCUAAACCAGAAAAUGACAUAUAUGAGAUGUUCAACGUGACCAAGGAUACCUGUAAGAAAUCCACCUGGUUAUGUUUUAAGUUUAGGUUUCUACCACCACAUCUUAUUAAUCAUUUGAUUGCUUCAUUGAGCAGGAAGUAUAAAAUUGCAGUAGUAGAUACCCCUGAACAGGAGAAGAGUGAAAUUGCACUUUUCAGAGGUAUUGCUGUAUUUGAAUUAGAGGAGACAAUAAAGUUAAGAAAACUACUUUUAAGGACAUGCCCAAAUUUGAUUCAAAUUCAGGUUUUAGAAUUCAGAAAGGAAAUUAAAACUGGCAUGUACAAACACAUUGCAUCCUUUGUGACAGAGGAAAUAGACAAGAUAAUAAGUAGAAGAUUCAAAAUGUCAAAUGUAAAAUUUGAGAAAAGGUGGAAAUGUGACCUCAAAAACCCAGACUCUGUUACCGGAUUGAUUGAUUUUAGUGCAGAGCAGGAUAAAGUAUAUUAUUGUGAGGCAUGUACAACUACACACGAGUUUAACAAUGAAUGGUCAGAUCUAGAAGUAAGAACGUCUUGUUUGUCACAGAGUUCUGAACAAAUUCCAAGCUUGAAUCUUUACCCUGAGAUCUCCGGUCAAAUACAGAGAACUGGAACAUCCACCAAGGUACGUGUCCACGUCCAAGCUGGUGAUAGAGUGUUUUCAAAUGUCAAUCAAGAGGCAACAAGUACAGCCAGUUUUUCAGGGUUCACCAAAGAGGAAAUCAAUUUUACAAAGAUGGGAAUGAUCGUGCUGAAUAUUCUGGCUGAUGCUUCAUAUGACCUCUUAAAACCAGACAAACCAAAUCUACGUCCAAGAAGCGAUUGUGAUAUAACUCACUUGUACAGUGAGCACAGGAAACUAAAUAAACACAUUCCAAGUAAUUUAUGGGGCGGGACAUGGCAAACUAUUCAGAAUACAGACAUAGCUAUUGGAGAUGAUAUUGAGCGCAUCAGACUAACAAGAAACGAACUACAACACUCUCGCAUAUUUAAACUUGAAGACAAACGUUUUAUUGAAUUAUGUAAUAUAUUAAGCGACCUUUUAAAACGAUUUGAUCUCCAUAACACACCAACAAGGCUGUAUACAGAUGCGCUGAAUGACAUUUUGGCUAAAACUAUUUCUGCAGAGGAAGUUAAAUCAAUUGAAAAUGAUAUACAUGUAUUGGGAAUGAGGAUUGAAGUUGAAAUUGAACACUAAAUCAAACAGUUAUUUAUACACGUCAUGGGAAAUAUACAUACAUUGUUCUGCCAUAGCAACAGAUUUGCAGAAGACCAAACCUUUUUGGAUAGAAGGCAAUCAUCUAUAAUUGAGACGUUAUUCUGUUGAUGAAGCAUUAUAAAGUUAGAAUGAAACUAUAUAGUCAUAAAACUUAAGAAAGAAAUGAGAAAGAUGAAAAAGGUGGACCACAUGGAAAUAAUGGGACUAAAGUUAAAGAUUUGAUCAAUACUGGAUUGUAUAAAUACUUUUUUUUCAAAUGUAAUCACAUACGGCAAAGACUUUAAUGUUGAUAUUGCUAAAUACUGUAUUAAUUGUAAUACGUACAUUAAAAUGAAUAUCUGUUUAUAAACAUAUAUAUAUUGUUUUAACAAUUUGUAUAACGUUAGGGUACCCAAAUUGCACCUAUUUUGAUAGUUUGUUCACCUAGGUUUUUUUUAUAGUACAGACAAAAGUUUCCA